AUGGGCAGUCUGGACACAUCCACCAUCACAUCCUUCACCACCUCCACGGCCCUGGACUAUGAAGAAAUGCUCACUGCCACAGCCACAGAGCUGCCCCACAUGCCCGGAGGGCUCUCCCCAUCUCCCCACGACUCCCCUCAUCCUCGCAGUGGCUUUACCAUAUACCCUAUUGGCUACCUCCCUCAUUUCCGCGGCUCCUCCCACGUCUCCAAAGGACUCCCCCUACGAUGGGAUCCCUAUGGGGACCUCCCCUGGCUGUGCGGGCGCCCACCCGCAGGUGGCGGCGUGCGGUUGGCGAACGGCAACGGGAGCUGCCGCGGUCGGGUGGAAGUGCGGCACGGCGGGACGUGGGGCACGGUGUGCGACGACGACUGGGACUUCCCCGACGCGCAGGUGGUCACGGCCCAGGGCACGGGCAAGGCCCGAACGGGUGCGUCCCCCCCAGAAAUGAAGCAAUGUGUCUCCGAGGAGGAAGGGUGCAGGCUGUGCCAGCGGGCAGAGCACGACCCUGACAUCUACGGAGACACGUGCCGUCAGGACGGGCUCUGCGUCCAUGAGAACUGCCUGUACCACGCCAGCGGGCUGUACCAGCGCGGCGCUGACGAUGAAGGAUUCUUCGGAUUCCUCUUUCCUGACAUCGAGCAGGAGCUGCAGCGCGUGGCACAGAAGAAAUGCUGCGUCUGCCGGAAGCGGGGCGCCUCGGUCCGCUGCCAUCGCCGCAGAUGCUCCCGCACCUUCCACUACCCCUGCGGAAGAGAACGCGGCUGCGUCUCCCAGUUCUUCGGGGAGUACAGGUCCUUCUGCUGGCAGCACCGGCCAACGCAGCAGGUGAGGCCGCUGCAACAGGACAACCCGCAGUGUGCCAUCUGCAUGGAGGCGGUGGAGGGACGCCCCAGCUACGAAACCCUGAUCUGUCCCUCCUGCACCAGCGCGCAGUUCCACCGCCACUGCAUCCAGGGCCAAGCUCUGCGCGCUGCCCUGCACCACUUCCGCUGCCCGCUCUGCCAGGACAUGCAGACCUUCCAGGCAGAGAUGUUCCGCCUCGGCAUCAAAAUCCCAGACAGGGAUGCAGCCUGGGAGGCGGAAGAGGGAGCCUUCCAUGAGCUGUAUCAGCGGCACAGCUCAUGUGAUGCCAGCUCGUGCCUGUGCCCGAUAGGACGGGACUAUUCUGAGAACAUAGGAUGA